AGAGGGCAAAAGCAACUCUUCCUUUUGGCAGGGCGAGGCUGCCGGGCUGUCAGCUCAGCAAGAUUCACAUCGGGUGGCUGCAGCUGCAGAGAAGAAGGAGCCCGAUAUACUGGGAUGAGCACUAGUUGCUGAACCAUCCCCCACCCCCUGUUUUUGGAGAACAAAAGCAUGGGGAACAAGGGGAAGACAUGGUCCUGUAUUUUCCUGUUAGUUGCCCUCAUCUUAGUGACAACUGGUCUGAUUGGCUGUGUGGUCUAUAUCUCCUUAGCCCCGACCCGGCUGAGACAGUGCCAGGAGCAGCUGAAGAAUGACACCUCAGCUCUGAUGGGGAAACUCGCCAAGCUGGAGGAGGACACGGGGGCCCUGGAAAAGCAGCGGGACGGGGUGAGGGCAGAGGUCACGGCGCUGCGGUCGGAGCUGGCUGGCACCAAUCAGACCCUCUGGGAGACGCGUGGGCGCUGGGACUCCUGCAGGAGCCUGACGCACGACCUGCAAAACAACAUCACUGCCCUGAAGGAUGAAAUCACCCAGCUGGGAAGCCGAGACACUGAGCAAGGACAGGUACAAGGUGAAAUAGUCAAGCUCAGACAGCAGCUCCAGGAGGCUCAGCAGCAUAGUGAUAAACUGCAAGCUGCCAUCCGGCAGCUGAAACAGCAGCAGCUCCAUAGCCAGAAGAAUCAGAGCUCUGGUGGGAGCAGCCUCCGGAUCCCAAUCGUGGCCGGCUACCUGAGCCUGCUGGCUCUGUCCCUCACCAGGAUCCUACUCCUGUGAGAGAAGCAGGUUUGUACAGGUAGCUCAGUGCAGUCGUUCGGUGGUGGGUAACGCAGGACGCUCUCUGUCCCUUGGGAUUUGUGUUUCAGGGCUGACCACGCAGCGGGAGAGUGGAGAAUCCCCACGGGAACACGGUGCACUGCAUAGCGCAGCCAGCUUGCCCCCAUCCCCAAAAUGCUCACGGGAACUAUUCUAAGUCACUAGCUUGCUUGGCAUUUCCCCUGGGUCGCGUAGGGAGACGGCUCCUGCCCAGCCCAGCCCUGGCGGAAGGAUCUCGGGUCCUGCCCAGCACUGGAAGACGAUGGGGAAACGGUGAAGAAGAUCCAGAGGGUGAAGAGCACAGGGAGGAAGGCGCCAAUUCAUCCAGAGCCCCUGGGGUUUCUUGGCUGGAGAUUGCCCCAGACGACGAUUGCCCUGAGCAGGGUUAAGCCCCAGCUGCGGUAUUUGCUGCUCCCUUAGGGUUUCUAUUUUUCUAAUAAAAUGUUGCCAACCCCAAA